AUGGCACUCUUGAGGACAAUUGCUGCAUUGGCAGUAGUUCUGAUGCUACAGGCUCAAUAUGCCAUUGCUUGGGGAAAUGCAGAUACUCUCUACAUCUACACAUCUAAUAGACUGGCUGAUAUCGCAGCCUCAGAAGCAUGUGUCAAUGCCAUGGUCAGCAAUGUUUCGUGCUAUGCAGGCUUGAGCCAGGCAGUCACCCAGACGACCUCAUGGUCAGCCAGUGCACUUUCAGGAAUUUGCACCACUGAAUGCUCCUCCGCUUUGUCCAGCUAUAUCUCCUCUGUGGACAAAGCCUGCGGCGCAAGUACACAGUACAACAUUUCUGGCAUCUCGCAAACUGCCUCGGAUAGAGGAAAAGAAAUGCAAUGGCGUUAUGAUGCAACCUGCUUGACUGAUUCGGCUUCGGGCACCUAUUGCAACACCCUAUUCCAGAAUGCAAUUACAAACGGCACAACGGACGUCAAAUGCAGCGCAUGCUAUUUGGACUACAUGUCAACUAUAGUAAACUCCAAAUGGGGUCAGGAUAGUUUGCUUAGUCCUUCGGCCCUAAUGAGUCAAGUAUCUUUUUGCUCGACCAGCGGAUACUCUGUGACUUAUACACCGACCUCCACUGCCUCUUCAACGGUCUCUGCCUCAGCCACCGUUGCUGCUAGUCGCUGCAACACGACUGACCCCGAUCAAACUGUUUACAAGGUUGAAUCCGGAGAUAGCUGUGUUUCUAUCUCAGCAGCUCAAAAUGUCUCCACUUCAGCCUUGAUCAACUUGAACAGCCUUGAUAUGGGAUGUACACACAUAGUGGUUGGGGCGGAUAUCUGCCUUCCCGAUGUUUGUGAAAUCUAUCGCGUUCAGAAGACGGAUACCAUCGAGAAAAUCGUUGCCAGCCUAUCCCGUCAAGUCUCCGUACCUCAAUUUAUUGCAUGGAAUGCCAAUCUCAACUCAGUGCAAAGGUCGGAGAAUCUGACUGCCAUUGCGGGGAAGUACAUCUGCGCCAGUCCCCCGGGUACUCUCACACUCCCCGAUAACCUGGCUCUGAGGCCCGCAACCACGGCUGUCUCUGUUCCUACCGACGCGGUUAAUAGCUCCAACACCGACUGUGGUCGCUGGUAUCAGAUCCAAGCUGGUGAUACCUGUGAAUCUGUGUGCAGCGAAUUCAGCAUCUCGCAAUAUGAUUUCAGUUUCUUGAAUCCCCAAGCCGCAUCCAAUACAACCUCAAGCUGUGGCAGCCUCUGGAAAGGGAACAGCUACUGCGUGCAAGCAGUGGGUAACAUCAACACCUAUGCCAGCUACACAUCCAACACCACCAGACCUCGUACAACACUCGCUAGCACCAUGAAUCCCAACGCGACCAGAACAGCCAACCAUAGCACCACAAACCUGUUCUGGUCAUUCCCUUCCGCCCUGACCACCACCUCAACCUGGACCCCGGAUUCCGCAUACCUAGCAUCUCUUGCGGCCUACACGCUCUGCGACCAGGUCAACUCGGUGUAUAACAUCACCGAUUACGAUCUAACAGACGAGAUGUACCAAGAUGAAGCCUGGCUGAGUGAAUACGAGCGCGUGUGCUAUCUUCCUGUCAACGGUUCCUUCCCGACUGCCGGGUUCAACUUCAGCAUUACGCUGACAGAUGAUCCAAGUGUGGGAACCUCUACGGUAUUUACUUCUAGCCAAACAGCUAGCCCUCACGCAUCGUCUACAGUCACUACUGCAACCGCUACUACCACAGGUGCGACUCCAACGAGUACGAUCUCGCAAAAUGGCCUCUGUGGCCCGUCUAAUUCGCACUGGACUUGUUUGGGGUCUCAAUUUGGCGACUGCUGUAGUAAUUACGGUUAUUGUGGUAACUCGUCGGAUUUUUGUUCCAGCACAAACUGCAAUGCUAAGUAUGGCUCGUGUGCGUGA